UGUUGAAUACUGGAAAACCCUCUCUUUCAAAGUGUCCCUCCCAAAUCCAAAACCCCAAAGUAGAGAACAUCCUACUACUAGUUUCGGGUGGUUCAUUCUUUGCGAGUGGCAAUAAUUUCGAUUUUCGAGAAUGGGAUUUGAGAGUUACGUGGUGGUUCACAACAUUGCCAAAAGGCACAACGUUGGCACGCUUGCUCGAAGCGCCACUGCCUUCGGUGUUUCGGAGCUCAUCCUAGUCGGUCGCCGUGAUUUCAACUCCUUCGGCAGCCAUGGCUCCUCCGCCCACCUCCGCUUCCGCCACUUCCACUCCCUUCACGACGCUCGCCAGUUUCUCAAGGAGAAAGACUUCGAUAUUUGUGGAGUGGAGAUCACCGAGAAUGCCAUGCCCGUGAACCAGCAUCCUUUCAAAAAAAGCACGGCUUUCCUACUCGGCAACGAGGGUACAGGCCUUUCUGCUAAAGAAUGUGAGAUAUGUGACUUCUUUGUAUAUAUCCCACAAUAUGGAGGUGGCACUGCUUCUUUGAAUGUUACUGUUGCUGCUUCAAUUGUUCUGCAUCAUUUUGGAGUCUGGGCAGGUUUUGGAGAGAGAUCUCGUGAUGGGAACAAAUUUGUUGUGGCUGAGAGACCUGUAAAGCAGGUUCGACGAAAUUUCUGCACUGAAACAGAAGAUGAUAUCGUUGAAGAACGUAAAGCUAGAAGAGAAAAUGCUGCCAAUGGUUUCUUUGAUGAGAACGAAAACAACAAUUCAUCUUCAAACAUGCUUGAUGCAUUAUUUGUUGAUGGCUGACAAAUUGGUAACAAUGAUCUUUCCUCUUUGGGAUUUAGAUGCUUCAGUUGUGGCAGAGCUGAACCGGCACCUUACUCGUGUGUGUGGAUUCAAGGAACUGACUGUUCGCUGCUACCAUUGAAAGGUAGCUUGAUAUUUGGGACUCUCAGAAGAACAGAAAAGCCAUUAGCUGGGGAAGGUUUCUGCGGCAUUAGUUAUACAUUGUGUACUAAUUUUAUGGUGUGUCUGCUGUAACUUCCUCUGGUUACAGGGCAAUACUUCUUAACAGUAAAACCACUGUUUCACAUUUUAUUUAGAUAUCAUAAAUGAUUGUUUUGUCCUAUUUUACCAAACAGUAAUAAAUAAUCAAAAUUGAGACCGGGGGCAUGUUAGCAAUUAGUA